AUGCGGCCAACCAACCUCGUCCUAGGCCGUAUUGAUCGUCUCGAGCAUAUAAGAAACGGGAUCGCGCGCGCCGGCGCCUCGUCAUCCGGUUCGGCGAAUGACCCCGGCGCGUAUCUGCGUAAAAUCGCCAAGGAGGAGCCAGAAUACGUCCCAACCGCCCCAGUACUUGAGGGAGGUCGCGAGCGUUCCGCCAUCUUCGGCAACUAUCCCACGCGCACAAAGAUCAACUUUGCCUUACGCCGGUCCAAGCCAGACCGCUCCGCGAGCUGGCGACUCGAUCCUGUCGCUGUGAUGCAGAACACGCCGUUACGCCGAUGUGCAGCUACCCACGGUCGCCUGCACACGGCAUAUAUGAUGAAACUCGCCCCGAUUCUGGUCCGUGACAAGUCGGGGACACCACGUAUCCUCGCUGCGCCUGAUGGACUGCAGCACCCGCGCUACGUUCCUCGGCGACCGGGACACGGCGCAUGGGUCGCACUCAAGCCCGACCUCGUCGCCGGUAUUGUCAACAGUAAACGCGAGCUCGCAAGCCUUACAAAGGGACCUCCAAAGGUCGCGGAUAACAUUAUGGAGCAAGUUGGGGCCGAGCUCGUCCUCCGAGUCGCACAGGAACUCGAACUCCUCCACGCUCGUAUUGGAUCCGCUAAGCCUCCUGCCAGAGGAGAAUGUCUCGAGUCGUGUAAAGUAUUGCGGCCGCUCUCCAAGGCCGAGAUGGAGGGUGUCAAGCGUGGUGCAGCGCCGCGCGGAGCUAUCGCAGUGAUGGACGUGCGGUUCGGAGCCAAGAGCAAACUCACGGCCGAGGAGCGCGAGAAUCCAAAGGUGCCAAUGCUGCGGCGCGAAGGGGCACGAAACUACGAUCCCGAGGCCGGUGGAGAUGUGCCCUUCUUUCCACUACAUGCUCUGCUCGGCGCUGAUCCGCGUUGCGGCGCGUUGGUGGAGGACGUUCUCUCUGCUCAGAGGGUGUUUACACGGCGCUGUGCCGAGGCUGCUGGGGGUCAUGUUACGACCCCUACGGCCGAGGUCGAGGCGCAUAGGGAGGAGGAGGAGGCACCGCUUGGCGGGGAGGCGGUGUUCCGCUCGUGGUGGCGUUGUGGCGGAUAG